GGCCUCUGCGUAGAAUAGGCAUUCUUAAAAAUUGUAGUAUUACUUCAGUAAAAGAAAUGUUGAAAAAGUGUGUAGAAUGAUCUAAAGUGUCAUGGCAAAUCGCAUAAGAAUUAAUACAGAAGACAGUGUAGAUUAUUGCUACUUUCCAAUUUCAAGUCUUCAAAUAAAUUUGAAGAUUCAAGCCAGUCACGACGCAAGAAUCGCACUUAGAACUCAUUUGGGCGAGGAUUCGGACGUUUAUGAAAUUUUAUUAGGAGGACGAGAAAAUACAAUCUCAGCAAUUAAAAAAAAUAAUGUGGAGCCUAAUGUGGUCGAAAUCGAGACUUGGGAUAUUUUAAAUGAUGAACAAAGCCGUGGUUUUUGGAUACAAUGGGGAUGGUAUAAUAGCCUGCUAUCUGUUGGUAAAAGAGGCUCCAUUACUUUUAUGACAUACAAAGACAAAAAUCCCUUUGUUAUAAACUAUAUUGGUGUAAGCACAGCCUGUGGUGCAAAAGGAAAAUGGAUUCUGGAUGGAAUGCAGUCACAAUGUUUGGCUCUUAGACAACAAUUAUUAGAGACCAAUCAUUAUUGGGUUGAUUACGAUGAUGAAGUAGGGAUACCUGGAAACGCAGUUUCAGUGUCUGAGGAUGGUCCCUACAUCGGACGAGCCCAUCACCGAGGAUCUGUAACUCCAGGAAAUGUUCUUGGUGGCAUGUGUACUUUACCAUGGGGUGGGCAAGUACAUGAAAAAACGAGUUUUCAAAUUUUUUGCGGGAAAAAUAUCAACUGGGUGAAAUCUUGGGAGGGUAGUGUUCCAUUGUAUGCACUUGUGGGUGGAGAAACUGAGGAUAAUUAUCCUCUUUUUAUUGGGAGAGUCUGCAUUGACGGAAUUUAUCACGUAGGAAAAAUACAGCCGAAUCAUCAAGUUUGUUAUAUAUCUUUCAGUGGCAGAGAAAGGGCAUUCAAAGAGUACGAAACUUUAGUUCAUAAUUAUUUUCCAAUUGUUGAGUGGGUUGGUAGGUGAAUCAAAUUUUAUAGCCGACUUUUUAUAGCAGUUUACAACAUGAGAUGAAUGUUGUGGUGAGAAAAAUGUUGCAAUGAGAAAAAUGUUGCGGUGAGAAAAAUGUUGCGGUGAGAAAAAAGGACUUUACCGUAUAUGUUCUUGGAUUUUUAAAUUCGAGACAGGAAUCUAUAGAUCUGAAAAUUUUUUAAAUCCAAUUUCAUAAACGGUAUUUUCCAUUUUUCCAGUGUAACUUCUCAAAAAUAUAAAAUCAGAAGGAAAUAUAUAAAGAGAAUUUUUAAAAAGUAGUUUAAAAAGUAUGAAAUAAUCAACUCGACUAAAAAAUCCCAAACUAUAACAUUCCCGACACUAAAAUUCCCACUGUACUAUUGACAAAUUAAAAAAUUCCCGAAUAAUAAAAUUUCCAAAUAAUAAUUAUCUCGAAUAAUAAAAUUUCCUAAUAGGAAAAUUCCCCAUAAAUGAAACUCCCGGAGACUUUAAAAUAUUACUGAAUUUAAAAAUUUCUGAAUAAUAAAA